GUUUAUUCCAGAGUUGGAAAAACUUGAGUAAAAUAUUUUAUCCAUGUUUGGAAAAAGAUAGUUGCUACAGACAAAGAGGAUUAACGCUGGUAUUGCAAAAAGAUGAGUAUGUUAAAACCAAGUGGACUUAAGGCUCCUUCAAAGACCAUCAAGCAUGGCAGUACAUUGCUGAAAGCACCUGCAUCUGUUACAGCUGCUCCAGCAGAAAAAGCAGCUUCCAGUGAAAAGGCCUCAAGCACAACCACUGCAGAUGCACAUGAAGAGUUUGUGGAUGAUUUCAGAGUUGGGGAGCGUGUUUGGGUCAAUGGAAAUAAACCUGGCUUUAUUCAGUUCCUUGGUGAAACACAGUUUGCUCCAGGACAGUGGGCAGGGAUUGUUCUAGAUGAACCAAUUGGUAAGAAUGAUGGCUCUGUGGCUGGAGUUCGCUAUUUCCAGUGUGAACCCUUGAGGGGAAUAUUUACAAGACCAUCAAAAUUGACAAGAAAAGUGCUGACAGAAGAUGAAGCCAAUGGUACACAGACAGCUCAUGCUUCUAGAGCUACAUCACCAACUUCCACAUCUGCUGCUAGUAUGGUGUCUUCCUCUGCUGCUGCGCUUCCCCCUUCAGGAAUUCCACAAAAAACUUCACCGCUUGCUGCUAAGGAACAUUCAACUCCUUCUCAGAUCAGCAAUCUUUCAAAAACUGCAAGUGAAUCUAUAUCAAAUCUCUCUGAAGCCGGAUCGCUAAAGAAAGGAGAAAGGGAGCUCAAAAUUGGUGAUCGAGUUCUGGUUGGUGGAACGAAAGCUGGAGUUGUGCGUUUCUUGGGAGAAACUGACUUUGCUAAAGGAGAGUGGUGUGGAGUAGAACUGGAUGAACCUCUGGGAAAGAAUGAUGGGGCUGUUGCUGGAACAAGGUAUUUUCAGUGUCAGCCAAAAUACGGUUUGUUUGCUCCAGUCCACAAAGUUACGAAGAUUGGAUUCCCGUCAACCACACCAGCGAAAGCAAAGACAACUGUGCGAAAAGUGAUUGCGACUCCCACAGCCCUGAAACGUAGUCCGAGUGCAUCUUCCCUGAGCUCUCUCAGUUCUGUGGCAUCUUCCGUAAGCAGCAAGCCAAGCCGUACAGGACUAUUGACAGAAACAUCCUCCCGGUAUGCAAGAAAAAUUUCUGGUACCACAGCCCUACAGGAGGCAUUGAAGGAGAAGCAGCAACACAUUGAACAGCUCCUGGCAGAAAGGGACCUGGAGAGGGCAGAAGUUGCAAAAGCAACCAGUCAUGUAGGGGAAAUAGAGCAGGAAUUAGCUCUUGUUCGUGAUGGACAUGAUCGGCAUGUACUGGAGAUGGAAGCAAAAAUGGACCAGCUACGAGCUAUGGUGGAGGCUGCUGAUAGGGAGAAAGUGGAGCUUCUCAAUCAGCUUGAGGAAGAGAAAAGGAAAGUCGAAGACCUUCAGUUCCGUGUGGAAGAAGAAUCCAUUACCAAAGGAGACCUAGAGCGAAAGAGGCAGAUUUCGGAAGACCCAGAAAAUACGCAGACCAAACUGGAGCAUGCCCGCAUUAAGGAGCUUGAACAGAGCCUGCUCUUUGAAAAGACCAAAGCUGACAAACUCCAGAGGGAGUUAGAAGACACUAGGGUGGCCACAGUAUCAGAAAAAUCUCGCAUCAUGGAACUAGAAAGAGAUCUAGCAUUGCGGGUGAAGGAAGUAGCUGAGCUUCGAGGGAGAUUAGAGUCUAGUAAACACAUUGAUGAUGUGGACACUUCUCUUUCCUUGUUACAAGAAAUAAGUUCUUUGCAAGAAAGAAUGGCAGCAGUUAGCAAAGAACAUCAGAAUGAGAUGAAUUCACUGAAAGAGAAGUUUGGAAUUAGUGAAGAAGCAUUGCAGAAAGAGAUAAAAUCACUUUCAGCUUCAAAUGAGAGAAUGGCAAAAGAAAACGAAUCCUUGAAAACUAAGCUUGAUCACGCCAACAAGGAGAAUUCAGAUGUAAUAGAGCUGUGGAAAUCGAAGCUGGAAUCUGCAAUUGCCUCCCAUCAGCAAGCCAUGGAAGAACUAAAAGUUUCUUUCAGCAAAGGCGUAGGGGCUCAGACAGCAGAAUUUGCGGAGUUAAAGACUCAGAUUGAGAAGAUUAAAUCAGACUAUGAAAAUGAAAUGUCAAAUUUAAAACUGAAGCAGGAAAAUGAAAAAUCUCAUCAUUUAAAAGAGAUUGAAUCACUGAAAGCAAAACUGUUGGCAGUCACAGAGGAGAAAGAGCAAAACCUGGAAAGCCUGAAGACCAAACUGGAAAGUGUGGAAGAUCAGCAUCUAGUAGAAAUGGAAGACACUUUAAACAAAUUACAGGAAGCUGAAAUAAAGGUAAAGGAGCUAGAGGUACUGCAAGCCAAGUACAAUGAACAAACCAAAGUUAUUGAUAGUCUUACACCACAGAUCAAAGCUGCUGAAGAAAAGCUUUUGGACCUUGCUGCACUUCAGAAAGCCAAUUCUGAAGGUAAAUUGGAAAUCCAGAAACUUAGCAAGCAGCUUGAGGCAGCUGAGAAACAAAUUCAGAAUUUAGAGACUGAAAAGGUUGAUGGAAGUAGCAAGGCUAGUAAUCUGGCCAAAGAACUGCAGGGCAAAGAGCAAAAGCUUCUUGACCUUGAGAAAAACUUGAGUGCAGUAAAUCAAGUUAAAGAUUCUUUGGAAAAGGAACUUCAAAUUUUGAAAGAAAAGUUUACUAGUGCAGCUGAUGAAGCAGAAAACGUUCAACAAACGAUGCAAGAAACAAUAAAAAAACUAAACCAAAAAGAAGAGCAGUUUGCACUCAUGUCUUCAGAACUGGAACAGCUGAAGUCUAGUUUGACUGUGAUGGAGAAGAAAUUGAAAGAGCGAGAAGAGAGGGAACAGCAACUGAUUGAAGCUAAAGCCAAACUUGAAAAUGAUAUUGCAGAGAUCAUGAAGUCUUCAGGAGAUAGCUCUGCCCAGCUGACGAAAAUGAAUGAUGAGCUCCGGUUAAAAGAAAGGCAGUUGGAGCAAAUACAAGUUGAGCUUACAAAAGCAAAUGAAAAGGCUGUUCAGCUUCAGAAAAAUGUGGAGCAGACAACACAGAAAGCUGAGCAGAGUCAGCAAGAAACUCUCAAGAUUCAUCAAGCAGAACUGAAAAACAUGCAGGACCAACUAAUGGACAUGAAAAAGCAAAUCGAGACUAGCCAAAAUCAGUAUAAGGAGCUUCAGGCAAAGUAUGAAAAAGAAACUUCUGAGAUGAUCACUAAACAUGAUGCAGAUAUCAAAGGGUUUAAGCAGAACUUGUUGGAUGCAGAAGAGGCACUGAAAAUUGCACAGAAGAAAAUCGAUGAGUUAGAAACGCAGGCUGAGGAGCUGAAAAAGCAAGCAGAACAGGCCAAAUCCUUAAGCUCUGUGUUAGCAUCAGCCAGACAAGAGAUUGAACUAAUGUCAGUCAAGAUGAGGGGUUUGAUAUCAGAAAAAGAGACUUUGGCAGAGGAGGGAAAUACUUUAAAAUUAGAGAGAGGUUCCUUGUUAUCAAAACUUCUAGAAUUGGAAUCAAAGAUUUCAUCAAUGCAACAAAACCAAGAAGAACUUUGGACAAUAAAUGAAGAACUUAAUUCAGAAAAUAAAAAAAUCCUAAAGCAGAAGGAAGAAGCUGAGGCCAAAAGCCAGCAGGAAAUCACAGAAAAGGUAGCACUAAUUUCAGAGAAAAGCAAAUUACUCUCUGAAAUAGAGGCAGCACAGGCAGACCUUCUGAAGGUAACUCAAGAAAGUGAAGCUCUCCGGUCUUCGGAGUCAGCCUUGCUCCAACAGCUGAAAGACCUUCAGGCCAACAAAGAUGCCAUGGAUGUGGUAUGUCAGAGACAUAUCAAGGAACGGGAAGAACUGGAGCAUUAUCAGAAGAAACUUUUGGAAGAGAAAGAUGCAGUUGUUAAAGACAAAGAUGAUGUUAUUCAGAAGCUGGAAAGUUCUUGUGAAGCCCUUGCCAGAGAUCAAAGAGAGCUACUGCAAGAAGUGUCAAAUCUGACUGCCGAGAGAGAUUCAGCCCUAGGUAAACACUCGGAUCUUAAAAAUACACAUACAGCCUUAAAAAACGAAAUGGACAGUCUGUUGCAGACAAGGCAAACUCUGCAGUCUGAGAAGGAGGUGCUCCUUAAAAGCAUAGACGAGCUGCAUGUGAGUUUAGACAAUACAGUUAGUGAAAACCAAGCAUUAAAAGCGAGAACAGGAGAGAUGCAAACAGAACUAGAAGCUGAACAUAAAGAACUUAAAAAAGUGAUGAAAGACAAUACAGAGUUGAAGGAUUCCCUUGCUAAUCUUUCUCAUCGUCUUGAGGAAAUUAAAGCCUCAAGAGAGAGAUCCAAUUCUGAAUGUAUUCAGUUACUUCAAGAGAAAGAGGCUCUUUCUUCAUCAGAACGAAGGCUUUUGGCUGAAAGGGAGGAACUUUUAAAUGAAAAUAAGGCAAUUGCUGAAAAGCUUGCUAAGGCCACAGCAGAUGCCGUACUUGCUGAGAGCGUCUUUACAGAGAAACUAAACGAACUGAACUUAGAAAAGGAAUCCGUUUUUCGUAAGUCGUUGCAAUUUGAAAAGCAGAAUGAAGCUCUUCUUCAAGAGAAGAAUGAAUUGGAGAACAAAUACUCGGAGCUUCUGGAUGAAAAUAAGUCUUCUGCAAAUGCAAUUUCUGAUAUGAAGAGCGAACGUGAACGGGACAUCUCGGCCAAGAGAGCUCUGGCCCAAGAGAACACCAUGCUCCAAGAGUCCAUUGAAGCCCUCAAGGAAGAACUAAGUAAGAAGACUCUAGAAAAUCAAGAGCUAAUAGCCUGUAAAUGUGACCUUUCAGAUCUUCUGAACAAGGCCCAGGAUGCCAAAAGAACAUUAGAAAAUGAACUGGCUGCUGUAUCGCACACCAAGCAGGUCCUGUCAUCUUCAUUCAAGACCUGUUCCUCUGAUAGGGAAAUGCUGACCAGAGAGAGGACUGAAUUGCAGGAUAAGUGUCAGAAAUUAAAUGGAGAGGUUGCCAUUAUGAAAGAAAACUUAAUCAUAGAAAAGGAAGCUAGAAAACUGGACAAGGAAUCAUUUUUAUUGGAACGUAUAGAACUUCAAAGCAACGUCAGCUGCUUAGAGAAGGAGAUAGAAGAGCUGAGAGAGAAAAAUAAAGAACUGCUGACUGAGAAAGAACUUUUAGUUCAGGGGAAAGAAAAGUCUGAAACUAAACUGGCAGAAAUAACGAAAGAAAAAGAAGCCGUCUGUGCAGAGACAGAGCAGCUCGCUUCCAGUAUCGAACAACUGAAGAGUGACUUUAUUUCCUUGUCUAAAUCAAAAGCAGAGCUCCAGGACUUGCACAGCUCUGUCUCUGAGAGGCUGGAUGAUCUUCAACACAGGCAUGAGGUGAUGGAGAAGGAGAGAAUACAGUUACUUCAGGAAAAUGACAGCCUGCUUGCUGAACGGAAGGUUCUGGUCAUCAUUAAGGAAGAAAUACUAAAAGAGAAGGAGAAGUUCUCCAAGGAUUUUUAUAAACUGCACAAGGAAGUAGCACUUUUAGAACAAACUAAUAGUGACCUCUCAGGCAAAUUGCUGGUGUCUCAGGGCAAAAAUCAGAUGCUGCAGGAGGAGAUGAACAAUCUGGCUUUGAAACUAAAAGAAAUUGAGACUCUCCAGGCCCAAACAGUAGCGCAAAAAAUUGAGGCUGCCAAAAUGGCAGAAGAUGUUUUCCAGACUGUGGAGAAGGUGACCAAAGAGAAGGAUGCCAUUCACCAAGAGAAGAUUGAAACUUUGGCCUCUUUGGAGAACUCUAGACAAACAAAUGAGAAGCUACAGAAUGAAUUGGACAUGCUUAAACAAAACAACCUGAAAAAUGAAGAGGAGCUAAGUAAAUCAAAGGAGCUUCUAAAUCUGGAGAACAAGAAAGUGGAAGAACUUAGAAAAGAAUUCGAAGCGCUGAAGCUGGCAGCUGCUCAGAAGUCCCAGCAGCUUGCAGCUUUGCAAGAGGAGAACGUGAAACUUGCCGAGGAGCUGGGCAGGAGCAGGGACGAAGUCACAAGUCAUCAGAAGCUGGAAGAGGAGAGAUCAGUACUCAAUAAUCAGUUAUUAGAGAUGAAAAAGAGAGAAUCAACGUUAAAAAAAGAAAUCGAUGAAGAGAGAGCAUCUUUACAAAAAUCCAUCAGUGUUACUAGUGCCUUGAUCACACAAAAAGAUGAGGAACUGGAAAAACUCAGAAACGAGAUCACAGUGCUCCGUGGAGAAAAUGCUUCUGCAAAAACCUUGCAGUCGGUGGUUAAGUCACUGGAGUCUGAUAAGUUGAAACUUGAGGAAAAGGUGAAGAACUUGGAGCAAAAACUCAAGGAAAACAACGAACAGCCUGUAACUGUAACUGCCUCCUCAGGUGACAUUGCUGCUAAUCUACUUCAAGAUGAAAUUGCAAAAGAGAAGCAGAUUGACUUCCUGAAUUCAGUGAUAGUAGAUCUGCAAAGAAGAAACGAAGAAUUAAACUUGAAAAUACAAAGAAUGUGUGAAGCAGCCCUCAAUGGCAACGAAGAGGAGAUAAAUAACUAUGACAGUGAGGAAGAAAGCCUGUCAAAGAAGAAACCUCGUCUCUUCUGUGACAUCUGCGGCUGCUUCGACCUUCACGACACUGAAGACUGUCCGACCCAGGCACAGAUGCUGGAGGAGCCGCCCCACUCAGCCUACCACGGCAGCAGGAGAGAGGAACGUCCCUACUGCGAUACCUGCGAGAUGUUCGGGCACUGGACGGCCGACUGCAAUGACGACGAGACCUUCUAAUGCAACGUGCGGCUGGGAGGAUAGACUGACUGCCCGCCCUCGUCGGACGAUUUAUACCACCAGCAUUUGUGUGUGCUGAAUGUCAGGAAAAGGGACAGUGUUUCUUGACCCCCCUCGCUCCCAUUCCCCUUGCCCAUCCACUCCAGAAUCAGUAAUUCGAUAAAUAUUUUGCUCCUCUGCUAAUAAAUACCCUAUCUCCCUUAAUAAACUUAAGUGAAAUAUAAAUAAAUGAUUUAACAAAUGACUUUAUGCUAUUUCUUCCCAGGUUCUGGGUUUGUCCCAGCUCUUAACAAGAAAUUGCCCCCCCGUGCUGUUGCAUCUAUUGAUGGGAAAACGUGUAUAGGAAUGAAGCACUAUAGUUAUAUUAAAGCUUAUUUAAAUACUUUAAAAUUAUGCUGUUAAUUUUCAUAUUUGCACUAAACCAUUUUAAGGCUGAAUUUGUACAUUUAGAUUUUUAAGGGUUUUUUUGACACUGGACUGAGUUGAGAACUAUUUUCUUUUUAUCUUCAUUUACUCCUUUGAUUGUGAUUUUGCUCAGUGAACGUGAGCUCGGGGUUGCGGUUUGCUGACAGUGUGAAACGUGAAAUCAUGAAGCAGGUAAGAAACGGAGCUGCUGCGGCCCUUUUGAGAGACGCCUAAAGCAGGUUCUGGGACAUCCUUUUUUGGUGUUUGUUUUGGUUGGGUUUUUUCUUUUUUUGCAUUCUUUCAGCUUCUAUCUAGUGUGUGCGUGGUGUGUGUGUGUAUAUAUGCAUAUAUAUAUAUUAAAGUUAUAUU